CCAAGCUGUCUUUUGGGUUCGGAAAUUGCCUAUUGGAUACAUGCUUGAUAAUACGAAAGACUGCAUAUAAUAGCGGAGAAGGUUGCAGGCUGAAGAAGCUUGUCGAUGCAGGGGUUUCUGGGGACCUUGCGACCUGUCACCAUCCCCAUUAACCCAACAAGUUAGGUGGUAUCGAGGGGAGUUGGGCCGCCCGCGGGCACCUCUUGGCAGUCCUGUGAAAUUGCCGCAGAUGAAACCACACCAUUGGUUACCCAAAAUAAACAAGAAUUGCUCCUCAGGUGACUGCCCCUCCCUGUCGACAUAUCACGGCACCCUUUUGGCAAACACAAGGGGCAGGUCAACUAUCUAGGGUAAGGUAUCGAUCCAUGUGUUCAAAGUCCCAUCGCGCUAGGCAGAGAAUACCCGGCUGUCGCGACAGACCAACAUCCCAUCUACAGAUGCGCGUCAUCUCCUCGGCUGGUCACAUCAUCUCGGUGAUACGCGUCGCCGCUUUCCACUGCCAUGUAACGCGGACCCACGAACCAUGGCAGACACAUACAUAAAAGCCCUUUGGGGGCCUCUUCUUUGAGAGAUCAACCCAACUCCCCUCGCUCAGCAGGCAACGCCCACAAGCCUCGUACUCCAGGAAAGCCCUGAGCAGCCGAGCCCACCAUGCGCAGCACAAUCCUCUCCACCGCCUCGGCCCUCGCCCUCGCCCUCAACCUGGGCGGGGUCUGGGCCUCGUUCGUGGCCGAGGACGGCGAGGCGGCUCCCUUGGUGGCCCGCAGCUUCAUCAUCGAGUACGCCGGCGCCGGCGGCAGGUCGGCUAAGCAGCGGCGCCAGACGGCCGAGAUCGCAUCCACCGACGGCAUCAAGGUCGUCAAGGCGUUUGACAGCGACAUCUUUACGGGCGCCAGCAUCGAGACCGCGACGUACAACGUCGACGACCUCGAGCGUCUGCCCGGGGUGGUCCGCGUCUGGCUCAACGAGGAGGUCAAGUUGGCGCCUCUGCAAGACCAGCGUGCUGCCGCUGUCGGGGAUGCUCUCGAGUACACCACCCACAACGUCACGGGUGUGUCAAAGCUGCAUGAUCAGGGGCUUUUUGGAAAGGGCGUCAAGGUUGGUGUCGUUGAUACCGGCAUUUGGUACGACCAUCCUGCUUUGGGUGGUGGCUUCGGAGCCGGCUUCAAGGUCGCCGGUGGAUGGGACUUUGUCGGCGACGGCAACUACCCCAUCAGCGGCCCCAAGGCACCUGAUGACGAUCCGAUUGACAGCAACGGCCACGGCACUCACGUCGCUGGUAUCGUCGCUGGAAAGACUGAGGGGUGGACAGGAGUUGCUCCCGAGGCGGAACUGUAUGCCUACAAGGUCUUUUCCCAAGCCGGUAGCACCGACUCGGCCACACUUAUCGAGUCGUUCCUCCGGGCUUAUGAGGACGGAAUGGACAUUAUCACUGCCAGUAUUGGUGGUGCCAACGGCUGGUCAAACAACGCCUGGGCCGAGGUGGCCUCUCGUCUGGUCGAGGAGGGUGUCGUCGUCACAAUUUCUGCCGGUAACUCUGGCGCCAUUGGCCCCUUCUAUGGCAGCUCCGGGUCUUCAGGCCGCAACGUCAUUGCUGUCGCAUCAGUCUCCACUGCUCUCCUCCCGGUGUACCCCUUUGAGGCCACUUUCACACCGGCCGGUGGCAGCUCGGACACAGUCAAGGUCGGCUACAUCCCAGCCCGGGAUUAUUUCCCACCGACUGUGGUCGACUGGCCCAUUGUCUCGCUUUCGCUUGACCCCACGGCCACUGCAGAUGGCUGCACUCCAUACCCGCCCGGUACGCCCAGCUUGCAGGGCAAGAUCCCGCUGGUGCGUCGCGGUACCUGCUCGUUCCAGAUCAAGCAGGAGAACCUGGCUGCCCUGGGAGCGCAGUACAUUCUCAUCUACAACAACGAGUCGCCCAUCACCACACCCGGCACGAGCAACUACACCACGCUCAUUGCCAUGAUCCCCGCCGAAUCGGGCGUAUCUAUUAUCGAGACGCUCAAGUCCGGUGGCAACGUCACGGCCGACUUUUCAACCGUGCCCGAAAUCCCCGUCGGCCUGCCCUACUCCGAAGGCAACCGCCCCAACACUUUCACCUCGUGGGGUGCCCUGUACGACCUGCAGCUCAAGCCCGACAUUGCGGCGCCUGGAGGACAAAUCUUCAGCACCUGGGUCGACGGCACUUACAACAUCAUCAGCGGCACCUCCAUGGCCUGCCCCUACGUGGCCGGCGUCGCCGCUCUCUACAUCAGCGCCAAGGGCGGCCGCUCCGUCCAGGGCAAGGGGUUCGCGCGGGUCCUGUCCCGGCGCAUCAUCUCUAGCGGCGUGGCCCUGCCGUGGUCGGACGGCACGUCGCGCGACUACAACUUUGCCGCACCUCCCGCGCAGGUCUCCACUGGCCUGAUCGACGCCUUCAAGGUGCUCGAGUACGACACACAGCUCGAGUUCAACAAGAUGGAGCUCAACGACACGCGCUACUUUUCGCGCUACCACGACGUCACCGUCACCAACCAGGGCUCCUCGCCCGUCUCGUACAAGUUCUCCAGCCAGCCGGCCGCGGGCGUCGACACCGUCACGUGGGGCCCGGCCGCGGUGGGGCGCGGCGUCACGCAGCGCAUCCGCACCUUUGACCAGCUCACGCCGCGCGCCUACGAGCCCGUCGUCAGCCUGCCGCGCGACUUUACCCUGCGGCCCGGCGAGUCCAAGCGCGUCAGCGUCAACUUUGGCAACCCGGACACGCUGGGCUGGAACGCGUCGGCUCUGCCGCUGUACGGUGGCAAGGUGGUCGUCGCGGGCAGCAACGGCGAGGUCCUCUCGGUCCCGUACAUGGGCGUCGGCGCGGACUUGAGGAACCAGCUCGGCUCGAUUGUCGAGACCGGGUUUCCUUAUGUCGUUUCUGGACUCAACAACACUCUGAUUGAGGACAAGAACUGGUUCACUUUUAACUUGAGCCUCGGCGCACAGGAUUUCCCCAAGUCCACCAUCAAGCUCCUCUGGGGCACUCGCCAGAUCCGCUGGGAUAUCUUCGAACCCACCUGGACCGAGCGCAACUGGGUAUACCCCCCAGUGGUUGGCGAGAACGGCUACGUGGGCACGGCCACGCAGCACGUCAAGUCCAGCGCGGGCGCGUUCUUCGACCCCUCCCUCGACGACCCGGACCAGGCCUCGCCGUUCCCCAUCCUGGACGUCGCCCGCACCCAGCUGCCGUCCGUGUACCAGUCCUGGUGGCUCGGCAAGCUCGGCAACGGGUCGCAGAUCGCAGAGGGCCGCUACAUGAUGCGCGUCGCCGUGCUCAAGCCCUUUGGCAACCCCAGGGCGGCCGACAACUGGGAUGUUCUCAGGACGCCCGUGUUUGAGGUCCGUGGCAAGUAUUAAAAGGCCGGGCUGGAGAGGCCACUUGAGGCUACAGGAUUGAGGCUAGCCUGCGGAUGUUGAAGGCGUUUUAUGCCGCAUUUUUAAUACAGUAUCCCUGCAUAAUAGAUAGUGAGGCAGUCAAUCAUAUGAGAGUUUAC